AAGAUAUAUAAGUGGUCGUGUUGAUUCGAGCGUUACGGAAUCAAAGUGACAACUCUCCGUCGUUGGGAUUCUAGAACGGUGAUCUUACGAGAGUUGCAAGACUGUUAGAUACGUCGUCUCAUCUUUAUCGUCUACCCUCGAGAAAUUUGACGAACGUUCGUUCUACUUGGAAACGCGACUCGUGAGAGUGAAGAAAUCACGAGAAGACCGCGACCGAGACGGCAGACCGAAAGUACUUCGUGAAAUCUGAUGAACGUGAAUCCAUUCGGAAAAUUAGAAUCUAAUCGUGUUAGACACUCGAUCAUAACUUUAUACGAGAAAGCAAGACGUCGUUAUGCGAUUAUGGCCUGUUGAUAAAUCGAAAAGAUCGAUCGAAGCGUCAGUUGGAAGAAGAUGGUCUAUAGAGGUAGCUUGCAAACCGACGAUCCAAGAGAUGCACCGAAAUUGGUCAGAAUGUCGCCACUUAGAACAAGCAGACCGAACGGUCCAGUUUCUAAUACUUAUGGAACCGCAACGGGAAUUAAAAAUACGUAUCAUGGAGCAUACAUCGGCCCUAUCGAUGCGAAUCGUGCGAAACUUAUCGAGGAGAGAAGAUUGGGUCGUGAGAGGGAUAUCGAAUCGGUUGAAAAGGUGAUAAUGAGAACUACGGGAAUGAAAAUCGGUGCACCGAAAUUGCGUAAUAUCAGUCAAAUUCGAGAAAGCGUGUUCGUCGAUCCAGCGUUAAUGCCUAUGGAUCAAAUCGGUAAAUCCGACGUGAGAUGUCGUCCGAAAACUAUAGCGAUUGGAUUAGAGGAGUCUAACGUUAGGGUCGCCAGGGUACAGAGUUCCAUGUUGGCCGAUCUGAAGGAUCUCGAAAGACUCCGGAACACACCGCCGUCUCAAAGAAAUAUUAAAACUACGAAGAAAUUGGAUAAAAACGAGACGAGAUCGUCUACGUCUAAUUUAAAGAAAAAUCCGUCGGGUAAUUCUGCGAAAAUACGAUCGGACAUUAUGAGAAUACAACAGAUGUUCCAGAUACCAGAUAAUAAUACCAAACCGACGUUGAGGAAUACUCAAGAGAGGAAGUCGAGGGUCGAGCUCGAGAAGGAUGAUAAAAAGUUUACUGGCGAGAUCAACAGGACACGUUUGCUGGCCCAAAAGCUCUUGGAGGCGUCUCGAAAUAACCGGGAUGCCUUGAAGGAUCGUUACGGUAAUACCAAGAACGCAUCCUCGAACAAACAACAUCAGACGAGGGAAGUUAAUGGUAAAGUCCCGUGUAAGCAGACUACCAACCAACAGAAUAACGUUGACUCCAGGCAAACCAAAACGGAGAGAAUCGAAACGAGUUUGAACGAACCGCAACCACGUCCACCGUUACGUAAGAGAAGAGACUCGAGGAAUCGGGUUAAUGACAAUACCAACGUUAAUCGUACGGUGGAAGAUAAAAACGAUAUUACGAGAGAAAUAAUCGACGAUAAAAAAGAUACAUCGGGUUAUUCGAGCGAACGCGAAUAUAAUGCCGUCCAAGUGAACUCGAUUGUUGGACAAGGGUUGGAAAGGCCGGACAUAUUGGACGGACUUUUGAAGGAGUCCGAUCAACAAAUGGCGAACUUGAAGACGGAUUUGUUAGGGGAUAGAGGAAGAUCGAGGAGUCAUUGGAGAGGAUUCGUACAAUCGAUGAGGCUGCACGACGUUGAGUUGCAUUCGGAUAGCGAGGAUCAACGAAAAGACCUUAACCUGUGGAACAAGAGCAUCAGUCAACGUUGGAGAAAACUUAGGAGACGAUGUUCCGUACAGGAAACAUCGGAACCGCAGGAGUCGUUGAUCCCAGGUGGUGGAGCUCAAGGUGUCAUUCAUACCGUGAGAUCGACCCCGGCUAGCAGAGAGGCCUCACCGGCUGCCAAAAGUCUUCAGGAUGGAAGUUCACCGAAGAAACUUUUGCAAACUAGUUCUCUCAGAUUGCCAGGUACUACCAAAGGCAUUGCGGAUAUUCAGAACGUACUAAGAAGCAAGUUCAGUAAGAUAAAUGCUGGAAUUAGAAAAAGAAAGGCACUUAGCGUGACGGAGGUAUUUUCGCAAAAGGACAAUGCCUCGAAUUUCUACGUUCCGAGUCCGUUGACUUCCUCGACGAGUCAAAGUUUCGAUUCGGAACGAUUCGAUACGAGCGAGCCUACGUCCUUACCGCCUUAUCCUUUUCACGAUACCUUAGAGACCCUGGCGGAAACGAGUGUACCGAAUUCACCUAAUUGCAAGAGUCCUUUGGCCGAUGGUUGUCCAAGUUUCGCGUAUUGCGAGAAUACCGGUUCUUACGAUCAUCAAUUUCACGAACAGGAUAAAAAGGACGUUUACGAGAACAUGGUGUUCAAUAAUUCUUCGUCUACUUCCUCGACUAGGUCAAAGGUAUCUCUUUAUCGGAGCAAUUCAGAAAGUCGAGACAAUGUCAGAUCUCAGGAUCAUUCGUACGAGAACGUACGUUAUCACAGAGGACAAAAAUCGGAAGUUGGGUCCCCUGGAAGUCCUUAUUGCGAUAGGCAAACCCUAGCAAGAAGUAAUUCCGAGACAAGAGGCGAUCAUCAUUGUUACGAGAACGUAAAUUUUCAGAAAAACGGAAAGAUUAGAAAUCAAUUGGAUUCCUCCUUCGAGACGAUUCAUAUACCUAGAGUAACGCCCAGAAAAAGAAUCACGGAUUUUAAGGUUGGCGGACAAGUUAGUAAUUAUUCGACCGAUUCGAGCGCCACUUCUAUCGUUGGCAAAGACGAUGGACCCUCCAGUCUUGGGACCGAGAGGAGUCCUGGUAAAAAACCGACGAGGAGGUUGAACAGUCGAAGUGUGGCUAACAUCCCUAGCUCCUCUGGUGCUAAUUUAAAGACAUGGCAAGGCGCUCAGGAUACGGACGAAGGUCUGAACACGGACUCCGAAUUGGAGGACAUCGACGAGGCUGGGGAAGGUGAAGAAUCAAGAUUCUGUACAUUACCUAGGCCUGGUAAAGGUGGUGCAUCCUUUACGAUAUUGACAGCCAGAUUUUUCAAAGGACCUGGCCACAAAGGACUCGGUUUCAGCAUCGUUGGUGGUACCGAUAGUCCGCGUGGAAACAUGGGAAUUUAUGUCAAAACUGUAUUCCCUAAUGGCCAAGCUGCUGAUCUUGGAACUGUCAAGGAAGGGGACGAAAUUUUGUCAAUAAAUUCGAAACCUCUUCACGGAAUGACACAUGCCGAGGCUAUUGCUGAAUUCAAGUCCGUCAAGGCCGGAGACGUGGUACUUCAUGUUGGUCGUCGUGUUAACAAGAAGAAAAGAGAAUCUUUGACGUUACCUCCGGUUGGUCCAUCGGCAUCUCGACAACCAAUCAAAUGAACCAGAAAUUUCCUUAAAUUUUAUUCUCUCCUUCUUUUAUUUAAAUCUCGAGAUGUUUAGCGAUAUUAAUUUCUUUUCCUCUUUUCUUUCUUCUCUUCAUUUCUUUUCUUUUCCUUUUUCUUUAUU